AUGUCUCUUCGGCUUUCCAGUGGGUCCCGGAGGGCCUGUCCCCGUGCUACUGCGGGAUCACUCAGGCUCUCCGGCGGGGGGACCGGCUUUGGAGCUGGCAACGCUUGCAGCAUGCCCGGGAUUGGAAGUGGUUUCUCAUGCGCCUUCGGGGGCAGCUCAUCAGGAGGAAAUGCGGGGGGAAGCAAUCUCUGCGCGGGCUUUACGCUGAAUGAAGGAGGCCUCCUGUCGGGCAACGAGAAGGUGACCAUGCAGAACCUCAACGACCGGCUGGCCUCCUACCUGGAGAAUGUGCGAGCUCUGGAGGAGGCCAACGCCGACCUGGAGCAGAAGAUCAAGGGCUGGUAUGAGAAAUUUGGCCCUGGUUCUUGCCGUGGUCUUGAUCAUGACUAUAGUAGAUAUUUCCCAAUAAUUGAUGAUCUGAAAAAUCAGAUCAUUGCUUCCACCACCAGCAAUGCUCAUGCUGUUCUGCAGAUCGAUAAUGCCAGGCUGACAGCAGAUGAUUUCAGACUCAAGUAUGAAAAUGAGCUGGCUCUUCACCAGAGUGUGGAGAGUGAUGUCAAUGGGCUACGCAGAGUUCUGGAUGAAAUCACCUUGUGCAGAACGGACCUAGAGAUUCAAUAUGAAACCCUCAGUGAGGAGAUGACUUACCUGAAAAAGAACCAUAAGGAGGAAAUGCAGGUCCUGCAGUGCGCGGCCGGCGGGAACGUGAACGUGGAGAUGAACGCGGCACCCGGGGUGGACCUCACGGUCCUGCUGAACAACAUGCGGGCCGAGUACGAAGCCCUGGCCGAGCAGAACCGCCGGGACGCGGAGGCCUGGUUCAACGAGAAGAGUGCUUCGCUGCAACAGCAGAUCUCUGAGGACGUUGGGGCCACGACCUCAGCCCGGAAUGAACUGACCGAAAUGAAGCGUAAUCUCCAAACAUUGGAAAUUGAACUUCAAUCUCUCUUAGCCACGAAACACUCCCUGGAGUGCUCCCUGACCGAGACCGAAGGCAACUACUGUGCGCAGCUCGCCCAGAUCCAGGCUCAGAUCGGGGCCCUGGAGGAGCAGCUGCACCAGGUCAGAACCGAGACGGAGGGCCAGAAGCUGGAGUAUGAGCAGCUCCUCGACAUCAAGGUCCACCUGGAAAAGGAGAUCGAGACCUACUGCCUCCUCAUUGGUGGAGAGGAUGGGGCUUGCAAGUCUGGAGGUUACAAGUCUAAAGAUUAUGGAUCUGGAAACAUGGGAAAUCAAGUCAGAGAUUUGGCCAAAGCCAUAGUGGUUAAGAAAGUUCUUGAGGAAGUGGACCAACGCAGCAAAAUACUUACCACCAGGCUCCACUCCCUGGAAGAGAAAUCUCAAAACAAUUAA